CUACUUUGACUUGUACCGACAUUUCAGUAUCCACUAUCAGCUCUAGCUGGUUCGUUCCAAAUUUAAACUGUAUGAAAGCUGUAACUGGAACCAUCAAGCUGUUCAGACAUCCAGCCAGCAUCCAGACAAUCCGAACGGGCUUCCUCCAAAAUUCUUUCAAGCUUCCCAAGAUGAAGAGAGCGGAAGGCCUGGUAGUAUAAGAUGCCGCUGGUGGAAUAAACAAAACACAAGUGUUUGGCAACGAUCUCUGGGUGGAAUGCGACAGGAGGAAGUGAUACCCUACUCGACUAGCAUGGAGAUCUUGUUCUAACGCUUAGAUUUUGAGACUUUGCCCGGUUUUGAGAAGAAAGAGUUUCAAACCGACAAGCUUCCGAUCCAGCUUUUGAGACGUGAAAACGUGAACGGAUUCUAACUAGAAUUACUGAAGUCGUCGAGUCGUUCAAACAUGGCUUUAGCGGGUUCGAGAUGUGCACUUGUGAUUUUUACAAUUCUUCUGAUGACUGCUGUCGCCUCUGGGGCCAAGCUUUCAAAGUAUUUUUAUUAUAGAACUUGCCCGAAUGUGGAAUCGAUCGUCCGCAACAAAGUGAACCAGAUAGUCACUGCGGAUCGAGGAAUGGCUCCAGGCUUACUUCGACUGCACUUUCAUGACUGCUUUGUGAGGGGUUGUGAUGGAUCCGUACUCCUGGAUUCAGCCUCCCACACGGGGGAGAAAGAUGCGCCGCCAAACUUUGGCUCUCUCAGAGGAUUCGCCGAAGUUGAUGCCAUCAAGGCCACGGUGGAAAGCGCCUGCCCUGGUGUGGUUUCAUGUGCAGAUAUCCUGGCUUUGGCAGCCCGGGAUGCUGUAGUGAAGGUCGGAGGCAAGUAUUGGUCCGUGCCUCUCGGACGCAAGGAUGGCUUCACGUCUUCUCUGGUCGAAGCCAAUGCUAGCCUGCCGUCUCCAUUCAGUACCUUCUCUCAGCUCGUCCAAAACUUCGCUGCUGUGGGACUCAACGCCAAGGAUAUGGUCAUUCUUUCAGGCGGGCACACCAUCGGACAGGCUCACUGCGCUGUGGUCAUUCCUCGUCUCUACAACUUCAACGGGGUGCCCGGAGCCACGGAUCCAUCGCUGGAUCCCACCUUCGCCAACUUGCUCAGAACGCUGUGCCCCUCGGACCAGCCUCUGACCUUCGUCGGGCAAAUGGAUGCCACCAACGCCACAUUCGACAACAAGUACUUCAAGGCCGUGCAGAGCCGCAGGGGCCUGUUCCCAUCGGACGCUGCCCUCAUCACCAACUCCUUCGGCCGCAGGGUCGUGAGCAUUGCAGCCAAGAACCCCGGCAGCUUCUCGACGGACUUCGGCAAAUCCAUGGUGAAAAUGGGCAACAUCCGUGUUCUGACUGGAGCUGCGGGGGAGGUCAGGCGAGUGUGCUCUGCUGUCAACAACAAUCAGGCAUUAUGAUUCAGGAGAUACGAAGGGUAUCGCAUGAACUGAAGUGAACCUCGGCAUCGAUGAUAGAGGCAGAUUUUAUUCAGGAACUGUCGUGUAACUCUUCAUUGCAUUCGAAGUGCGACAGAUCGAUAAGAGCAGAAGCUUGGCGGGUACGAACGGUACCUCGGCACCAUACCGAUGCCUGACUGGACUUGUAGGCAGCUCCUUGGGACCGCGCAUUGCGACCGCUAUAAUGCAUGAACUGGAUUCCUUAAAGGAACGAUAGAUUAAAUGAGCCGUAAGCAUGAGCAUUUUUCACGUGGAUAUUAAAAUAUACUUAGAACUUAGUUAGGUGACAAUUGUACCGACAAGUAAUUGGUUAUAAAUUUUUAUACCUUGCCAUUCAUUUCAAUGCGGC